AUGACUGAAUUAGGAAAUUAUCUGAUAGGUAUUUAUUAUAAAGUGAAUUAUCAUUUAAGGCAAAACCAUAGGUGAAGGAACGUUUGGGAAGGUGUGUCAUGCCAAACAUUAAGUGUUAGGUCAUGAUGUGGCUGUGAAAAUUUUAGAAAAGAAGCGAAUCAAUGAUGAAUUAGAUAUUGAAAGAGUCAAGAGAGAAAUAACCAUAUUACAGAUGUUGCACCAUCCAAAUGUGGUGUAGCUCUAUGAGGUUACCUAUGUAAUUAUGAUUAGAUGAUUGAAACUGACACACAUAUUUAUUUAUUUAUGGAAUAUGCAGACGGUGGAGAAUUGUUUGAUUAUAUCGAUUUAAAGAAGAGGUACUCUUUAAGUAAUCUGUUUAGGAUCAACGAGGUUGAAGCAUGCAAAUUCCUACAUGAAAUCAUUUCAGCCAUCUAAUACAUUCAUUAGUUGAGAAUAGUACACCGAGACUUAAAGCCUGAAAAUCUACUUUUAACAGCUCAAAAAAGUAUUCUGGUUGUUGAUUUCGGACUCAGCAAUACCUAUGAGGAUACUCUAAAGACAGCUUGUGGAAGUCCAUGUUAUGCUGCUCCUGAAAUGAUAUAAGGCAAACCUUAUUAUGGAUUAUAAACUGAUCUCUGGAGUUGUGGUGUUAUCCUCUAUGCCAUGUUAUGUGGGUAUCUCCCUUUUGAGGACAACAAUACCUAAGUUCUCUAUAAGAAAAUAUUGACUGCUGAUUUCCAUAUACCUAGAUAUGUUUCUUUAGAUGGCAAAGACCUUAUUAAAAAUAUUCUCACAGUCGAUCCUACUAAAAGGUUUACUAUUGAAUAAAUCAAAUAACACAAGUGGUGGCAACUCUGGAAAUCUGAUGUAUCAAUUUUAUUUAAAUAGAAUACCCAAAUGACUCCCUUUAAAGCUUCUUUUAAUAAGAUCUCUUGUACCCUCUUGCCCAAUAGUAUUUAUAAAUCAUGUCUGAAAAAAAAUAUAGAAAGGAAUAUUUCUGAAGAUGUGAAAACCUGUUGCGAUACUGCUCAGCAAUCCAUAGAUAUUCAGUUUACAGAUAAAGAAGACUUCAUUAAUAAGUCAAUCAUUAAAGAGGAAAUCAAAUAAAAUCCACCUCCUGAAGAUGAAGCUUUAGAUCAAAAAUUUGUUAAUUCUGAAGAUCAAUAUGAAUUUUAAUAGUCUAUGAGAUCAUUAACUAGAUAGAAAUCAAGUCAGUCAAUUUAGUCAAUCACUCAUUUACACACCUAAAUUGAUUCUCCUUUAAAAUAAUAAAAUCUGCCCAUUACGACUAAACCCACUGUGCCAGCUAAAUAAUAAAUAUCUCAAAUUAAUAAAGUCAUACCAAAAAAGCCCGUUUUAACUUAAUAACAACAACAUGCUUUAUAAUAAAAGAAACCUGUCACAAAAAUAGGCCCUUCAAAAUCCUUACAUGAGCCUCCAUAUUUUGAGAGUAGAAUAGCUAAAUAACCAAACACACCAAGUACAAAAUAAUCAAUAAACAAUACAUCAAACUCAUAAAACCCAUCAAUAAAUACUUCUAUAAUUAGUCAUCAAUUGAAAACCGACAUCCCAAAAAAGAAUUCUAUACCACCUGUUAAAUUGACUGUAAUUUAAGAAUAAAUAAAGGAAAAUAAGGAAAAGUCUCAUUCUCUUAAAACUUAGCCGACUCAAACUAAAUAAUAAUAACUUUAGUAGCAAGCGUAAUAAUAAUCAUAAUAAUAAUAAUAAUAAUAAUAAUAAUAAUAAUAAUAAUAAUAAUAAUAAUAACAAUAAUAAUAAUAAUAAACAAAAUAAUAAUUUAAUAUAAACAAACCUCAAACUGUAUAUAAAACACCUAUCAAACAAAAUACACCAUAAAUCAGUUAAACUAAAAGAUCGUUACAUUAAAAAUAGGCAGCAAGUUUACAAAUGGAAAGACAAUCGUUUCAUACUUAAUAAUCAGCAGUAGAAGAAAAUGUUACAUUCUAAUUUAAUGAUAAUCCAAAACCUACAAUUGAGAAUACGAAGCUUAUGGUCGAAAAAUUCACUUCGAGACUCAAUAAUGUCACUAUUCCUUAAUCAUUAAAAUAAACUUAAAAAUAAGUGGUGUAGGACGUGAAAGGAAUUGAAAAUUAUUAUGGUCCAUUUAAUCUUUCUUUCAUUACAUCAAAGCAUCCCUAAUUAUUUUUGAAUGGAAUCAAAAAGUAUCUAGAGGAGAAAUAUUAAUUUAUAUAAAUACAAGUAAUAUUGUUGUAUUUAUAAUUAGAAUUAGUAAAAUGGAUUCAACUUCAAUGUUAAUGAGAUAAGUGGUGAUUUAAAAUUAUAUAGAAUAGAAAAUUUAGAAAUAUAUUACUGCUUGAUAAAUUGCUAGAACUCUAAAAAUAUCGCAAAUAACUCAGAAUUCAACAAUAUUAUCUAUGAUCUGUAAACUAAUUUUAAAUUUUGA